UUUGUUUUCUUUAAUAAAUCCGCUGUUGAUAAAAUUAAUCUUCUCCUCCAACGAGACUAAUAUUUCUAGGGUUUUGAAGAGUCUCUCGUCGCCGUUUGUAAUUCCUCUGUGAGCAAAUCGACAAAAUGGGUCACUCUAAUGUCUGGAACUCUCAUCCGAAGAAGUACGGUCCUGGAUCUCGUUUAUGCCGUGUGUGCGGGAACUCACACGGGCUUAUCAGGAAGUAUGGUUUGAAUUGCUGCAGACAGUGUUUCCGCAGUAACGCCAAGGAGAUCGGAUUCAUUAAGUACCGUUAAAGAGGCCUUUGACUGAUGCUUAUAAUACACAAACAUGUUGGUGUUGAUGAAUUGGCCUUGAAUCUUUUAAGUUGUUGUUGCAUUCUUCUUUAAAGUUUAUCUCUUAUUUGGAACAAUGAUCUUUUGGUUUUGAUUAAUAUUUUGCUUGUUAAUAUAGACCAUUUUGGCAUAGAAUCUCUAGGUUUUCUUGAAGACGUUUAGACAUCAGAAUCCUUGAAAAUCCAAAUGUUUUUAUUAUAUGGUUUUGAUUUCGCAAUGUGAGCUCUGCCUUAUGCUUCAG